UCAUCAAGAUUGUAACUUGCUUAGCUAAAUGAAUUGUGGGGUUCAGUCCCAGUGGCCUCUGUAACCCUUUCCACUACCGCCCACAAGGUGGGUAUGGGAUGCAUAAUAAAUGAACUAAACUAACUAAAGAAGGUACAAAAACGCACUGUAAGAAAGUACAAAAAAACAUUGUAUAAGAAAUUUGGCAGAAAAAAUAGGUACAUUAAAGUAUAUUUAAGUGUACAAUGUAAUCCACAGAUACAUUUUAGCAUAAUCUGAAUUUAUUGCAAGAUAUAAUGUAGCAAACAUUAUAACCUGGUGAUAAAGCCAGCAAUCCCUUAUAGCCACCUGUGCUCACGUCUUGAAGAAUCACAUUUCCUUUCCUGCCACCGUCAGAGAACGUGAGAUUACUGUCACUCUUUGUAGCAUGUUGCUGCAGCGUCACGUCAGGUGCGUGAGCGGCCCCCUGGGUGCCGUGUCACGCCUGACCCUUGUGAGUAGACAAGGUGGUGGUGGAAGGAGGCAGGUCAUGUGACCCUCCCUAAAGAUAUAUAAGCGACGGAGGGCCUUCAUCUAGUCACAGCUUCCUUGGUCACCACAACGAAGAUGACGAUGAAGGGUGUAUUCGUAUGUGUGGCAGCCCUGGUGUACGCCGCUGCCGCCAUGCCGCCGCCAGGGGCGGCAUCAGGAGUACCACCACCACCACACACUGCAGCAACCCCAUCACCAGCUGCAGCACCCGUCGCCGCGCCCUUCUCCAUGUUCAGUGCCUUCGUUCCCACCGCUAAGGAGAUCGCCGACCUGCAAGCCCUCAACACCACCCCCGCCCCCGGGAUCCUCCCCGUCGCCGCCAUAGCAGGACUUCCCGCCGCCGCCAUAGCAGGACUUCCCGCCACCGCCCCGGGAGGACUCACUCCUGCCGCCGGCCCAGUAGGACUCCCUGGCGCCACCGCCCCAGUAGGACUCCCUGGCGCUACCGCCGCACCACUCCUCGUCCCUACCAUGCCUCCUGCAGUUGCCAAGUUGGUGGCAAAAUAUCAGGCAGCGGCUGCUGCCUUCUCUCCCACUGUGCCAGCACCUGUCUAAAGUCAUCUGGGAUCAUCUAAGUCAUCUGAUGCCUUCAGGCGUCUGAGAUUAUAUGGAAAUAACUUGAAGCCAUUUAAAGUCACGUAAGUUUCUCUAGAGUUACCUCGAGUCAUCUGAAACCACAUUUUUCACCUGAAUUGGCCUGAAGGUCUACCAGGUCAUUGGGAACCGCUACUGGGGCUUGUCCAGACGAGGCUAGAGAGGCUUCCACCAACAAUGGCGUCGUGGACUGAAAUCAUAAACAGGAACUUUUCUAUUAUCCUGAAAUGUUAACUAUUAAAAAUUAUUAUAAGGAUUAACAAAAUGACUUACCUUCAGUGUACAUUGGAAUUCAUAGAAGUUGUAGUGCAAAAGGUUUAUCACUAGCUGUCAUUAUAACUGAAGGGUUGCAGAUAAAUUAUCUAAGCUAAUGUAAAAUAUCCGCUGAGAUCUGAAUUAGACCAUAAAUUUGUACCCUCUGUAAUCCUUUUGUUCUACAGCUGAGGAUGAGUAUGGGGUGCGCAAUGAACUAGCCGCCGCUGGUGGUAAAACAAAACAAAACUUGACCAGUCUUCAUACUCUGUUGCAUCCAUUUAAAUUGGUUCUGCGCAUCCCAUGUUCAUAACUGUACUUGCGAUUGACCUAUCAUUAACGGAGACGGUUAUUGUGUUUAGAUUUUUAACUGUCAGCUGUUAAAUAAACAAAUAACAAUAAUAUUUACUUAAA